CGGCCCGGAAGCUCCUAUAUACUUCCGUUUCCAGCCCUGCCUCUUUCUUUUGGCGCUGCUGCGGGCUUCCUGCCACCAUGGUUAACGUUCCUAAAACCCGCCGUACUUUUUGUAAGAAGUGUGGCAAGCACCAACCUCACAAAGUAACACAGUACAAGAAGGGCAAGGAUUCUCUGUAUGCCCAGGGAAAGCGUCGUUAUGACAGGAAGCAGAGUGGCUAUGGCGGUCAGACUAAGCCAAUUUUCCGGAAAAAAGCUAAAACUACAAAGAAGAUUGUGCUGAGACUUGAAUGUGUUGAGCCCAACUGUAGAUCUAAGAGAAUGCUAGCUAUUAAGAGAUGCAAACAUUUUGAAUUGGGUGGAGAUAAAAAGAGAAAGGGGCAAGUGAUCCAGUUUUAAGCUCCAACUUUCGUUAUGAAGACAAUAAAAUUGUGAGGUCAAAUUCACUUCA